AGAACAGGUAGGAAAGUUGUUGCCAUCUCAGCAUUGAGAAACGACACGUCGGAAUAGGAUAAACGUAGAACCGUCAAAUAGAAAACGGAGGUCAACGGAAUGGGCUGAACAAGGACUUGCUUCUUCCCAAUUGAGCAGAAGAAAGAAAAAUCCCAAAAUUUCAUUUCUUCUUCUCCGAUCUCUCGAUCCAGAAAUGGGUAUUUCAUGGAGUAACAGAAGAAGAAACAAUUAUCUUCAAAACCCACCUCCGCCCUACCAUUCUUCUUCCUCCUUCUAUUACCCUUCUGAACCCACAUCCCUUCCUCCGCCGCCGCAGACCCAUCACUUCCCCAAUUCCCACCCUCCUCCGCCGCACAGCCACCCUUACACUCCAACUCCCCAGCCGAUACCCUUGCCGCCGAUUCCUCCUGCCCCUGCUCCUCACUCCUAUUACUUUUCUGGUGGGUACAAUUCGUGUAAUUAUGGGAACUCUCCGAUGGGGCGUUUCAAUUUCCACCCUCAUUAUGCCAAUCAGAGUAAUGGGUGGUCUCAAAUUCGGCCGGUGAUGGUGCCGCCGUUUCUUCCGCCACCGUCUUUGCCGUUUGUAGAGCAUCGACAGGCGAAGAAGGUUAGGAAUGAUGUGAAUGUGCAUAAGGAUACUUUGAGGAUUGAGGUGGAUGGACAGAAUCCUGAUCAGCAUUUGGUUUCUUUCGUGUUUGAUGCGUUGUAUGAUGGAAGCAUUACCAUCCUAUUUUUUGCCAAGGAAGAGCCCAACUGUAGGUUUGUUCCAAUAUAUCCCGACGCCUUUAAGCCAGUAAAAAUCCCAUUUCAAAAGGGUCCUGCUCAGAAAUUCUUUCAGCCUAUGGGAACUGGCUUUGACUUGGGAUUUUUCGAGUUGGAUGACCUCUCAAAACCUUCGCCUUCUGAAGACGUUUUCCCGCUCGUUAUAUCAGCUGAGACUUGCUCACCCUCUCAGUCCAAUGAUGAACGAAUUGGUGAGCCUCAACCAGAUAAUUCACAUAUGCAAAUCACUCAAGCUGUUCUGGAGAAGAAAAAUGGCAAUCCUUUCCAAGUUAAGGUGAUCCGGCAACUACUAUGGAUUGAUGGAAUGCGUUAUGAGUUGCGUGAGAUAUUCGGUAUAGGGAGUUCGUCUUCAGAAGGUUUUGACAAUAACGACUCCGGGAAGGAGUGUGUGAUUUGCAUGACCGAACCCAAGGAUACUGCUGUAUUACCAUGUCGACAUAUGUGCAUGUGCAGUGAGUGUGCCAAGGAACUGAAGCUUCAAUCUAAUAAAUGUCCGAUUUGUCGUCAACCGAUCGAAGAACUUAUAGAAAUCAAGAUAAAUAAUAGCAAUCAGUGAGAAUUACCUCUUCAUCCUAUGUUCGAUUUCAUGGUAUGGCUGUUAAAUUCUUUGUUUUUUUGUGUCAUAGUCACACAUAUUGCAUUCUUUUACACACACACACACACACAUGUAUAUUUCUUUUUCUUCAUAUACAUCAUAUUAGUGUAGUAUUCCCGACUUCAUACCUCGAUAUCAUGUCUAACUAUUGAAUGACGCCAUACCCGUCAUCUCUUAGCUGACUUUCUACUGUAAUGUAUGUAUAUGAACGUUCAACAUUCAUGGGUUUUCGUGUGCGGUGUGUCGAUGUUUGAUUACACGAAUUGGAUUCGGGUUUGUAGUUUAUGUAUAGGGAGUGAUUGAGUUAAGGUUCUCCCCAUAUGAUAACCUCUUUGUUUUGUCUUUUUUUUCCUUUUGAAUGAUACAUGACUGUUGUAUGCAA